AUGUCAGCUGCUCAGCAAGUCUUGUCUCUUCCCGAAGUCUUAUCAUUGAUACUGGAAUACCUUGAGUUUGAACGAGAAGCACUUUAUUCAGCACAUCUGGUGAAUACUACUUGGGCUCGAUAUACCCACGAGGUCCUCUGGCGCAAUGCUCCUCUUUCUGCCUUGUCUGCUAUUGAGCCUGCUCGUCAGCAGCAAUUUGCAAACAUGAUCCGAGUUUCCUUCUCUUGGACACCAUGUUAUCCCGGUGACCUGGACAAGCUGUCUUUCCCGUUACUCGAACGAUGUCUGUUCGAGGCAGCAGACCUGUUCAACUUGCCAGAUAUGCACCUGAUUCUGCCGCCAUUUUUCAAAUCAUCGCCUCAGUAUCUUGACAUGUGGCUCAAAUGCGUGGACGCCCCAGGAAACUUGCACUAUUACCGACGACAAGGCCUUUGGGAAGACAAGCUCGAUCAAGACCUGGUGAAAAAAAAAGCUGGUCAGAUCCUUGCCCGGUUGGCGUCUCAAGAGAUCUACGAAGAGUUUUUCUUCUACGCCAUCACCAUAGACUUGGAAGCUGUUGACUUUGUGCUCAACGUGAUCACCAAACGACCCAUCUUUCCAAAUCUCAAGCAUUUUGGAGCGUUCGUGCGCCGCGAUGCCAUAAGGAUCUUGUUCCCCUACCUACCUAGAACACUGUUGAGUCUUCUGCUCUGUGUCGGAAGCCUGGCUGGACCUUACUUCGAGUUGGCCACUCAAUUCACAUGUCUGGAAUCGUUGACGAUUAUUGGCUGCGAGGACAUCCUCGGCGUGUUCUCGGUUCAGUGUCUGGGUAGACUGCAUUCGCUUCGCAGCCUUGCGAUUGAGCUACUGCCUCUCAACGAGACACGCCAGUAUGGCCGACCAGCGGACCAAGCGACGCAAGCAGCUCCAUUCCCAGAUAUCGAGUUUGAGGUCAUGACCUCUGGGCUUCCUUUGUUGCACACUCUCGUGCUCAACAUACCCUGCAGACUUUCAUUACCCGCUCUGUCAUCACUCGCGAUAAACUGUCCUCUCCUCAAGAUCUUCAAAACGUCCACCGAGCUCGACAUAGAUCGCUGGGGAGCUCGGGAAGAUCUAGACUUUCCAGCUCUGAAUGAGCUGGUCUUGACUCAUGGCGAAUACGGAGACUUGUGGGGUGGCACUCGACAUGAGACACAGUGGUCGAGUCCUAGUUGGCGAGGCAGACCAAGGAUGCAUUUGGUCAACGAGGAAGAUGUUGAUCCCGUUCGUCCUGGUAUUAUUCUUCGACACUGUCCAAACCUUUUUCUGCUGCAUUUGGAUUGUAAGGAUUAUGGUAUGUUUGAGCUCGGGCAGAUUAGGGCUAGAGAAGGUAGACAUCGCUGGUGGGAUAAUGUGUUGGGGAGUGCUUUCUGA